GUUUAAUAAACAGCGGACGGAGGGGCCGGCGGUGGUGGCGGCAGCGGCGGGGCCGGAGCCGGAGCGAGCAGGAGGUUCGGCGGCCUCACCUGUCCCCAUUCACCCGCGGCGGGGGCGGCGGCGGCGGCGGUGGUGGCAGGCGCGUCAGGCGGAAGGAGCCGCCGCCAGGUAUUUGAGACUGCCGAUGUGGGAAACUGCAUAUGCUGUCAGAUUUGCCCAAGCUGCAGAGGGAAAGACAACCUGACAUAGGGACGUGGGAACAGCUACCCAGAGAGAGAACUGCAGAACAUCCUUGGUACAGUAGCAGGCCUGUACUCCAAAUCCAAAAUCCCUAUACUUUUUCACCAGAGUGCACAGAAGAGAGGAACAUGGCUCAAGAAACUAACCAUAGCCAAGUGCCUAUGCUUUGUUCCACUGGCUGUGGAUUUUAUGGAAACCCUCGUACAAAUGGCAUGUGUUCAGUAUGCUAUAAAGAACAUCUUCAAAGACAGAAUAGUAGUAAUGGUAGAAUUAGCCCACCUGCAACUUCUGUCAGUAGUCUGUCUGAAUCUUUACCAGUUCAGUGCACAGAUGGCAACGUCCCAGAAGCUCAAUCAACAUUAGACUCCACGUCUUCCCCAUCUAUGCAGCCAAGCCCUGUAUCAAAUCAGUCACUUUUAUCAGACUCUGUAGCAUCUACCCAAGUGGAAAGUACAUCUGUGGACAAAGCAGUACCUGAAACAGACGAUCUGCAAGCUUCAGUAUCGGACACUGCACAGCAGCCCUCUGAAGAGCAAAACAAGUCUCUCGACAAACCAAAACAAAAAAAGAAUCGCUGUUUCAUGUGCAGGAAGAAAGUGGGACUGACUGGGUUUGAAUGCCGGUGUGGAAAUGUUUACUGUGGUGUGCAUCGUUAUUCAGAUGUGCACAAUUGCUCUUACAAUUACAAAGCUGAUGCUGCUGAGAAAAUCAGAAAAGAAAAUCCAGUAGUUGUUGGGGAAAAGAUUCAGAAGAUUUGAACUCCUGCUGGAAUACAAAAAUCCUUUUGACCAUCUGCAAACUAAAUUGACUUGAGCUUUUUUUUCCUAGUCAUUGGGAAUGUAGAGCAAUGUAUCUUGCAUAGACCUUUUAAUCAUGCAUGUCAUCAGAAGAAUAGAUUUUUGUUUUUGUUUUGAAAAUGACUCUGAACAUUUAUUUCCAUUGCAGUUUCUGUGGCUGAAAAGACUUAAGUAAACUUUACAAGUAUUAUCCUUUUAAGAUCAUUUUACUUUUAGUUGAGUGCAGAGGGCUUUUAUAACCAACAUGGAGAAAUAUUGGAGGGCUGUGCUUUUCCAGUAUUAAACAUGCAUGCGUUAACCUUG